AUGCCUGGUCGUAUGCUUUUCCGAUAUACUAUUGAUGAAGUGAUAAAACAUAAUAAAACUUCUGACCUUUGGGUAAUUCAUAGGAAUAAAGUUUAUGAUGUAACAGACUUUGUAUAUGAUCAUCCUGGAGGACCAGAAUUACUUGAAGAAUGGGCAGGAAAAGACAUUUCGAAAAUCUUGUCAGAUCCUGAUUCACAUUUACAUUCUGAAGUGGCUUAUCAAGUAUUGUCAGAAUCAUGCAUAGGAGAGAUUAUUCAAAAUGUCCAUGAUUAUCAAAAAGAAAAGUUUUUGGAUUUAAACAAACCAUUAUUUUCACAAAUGCUUAAUUAUAAUUUCAACAAAGAAUUCUACCUCAACCAAAUUCAUCGACCUCGUCACAUUUCAUAUUCAGCUAAAUUAUUCGGAAAUGAUUAUUUAGAAUUAUUGACAAAAACACCUUGGUACAUUAUACCAAUUGUAUGGAUUCCUAUAGUAAUUUAUCAUGGAUAUAUUGCAUCAAAAACUUUAAAUUCAACAACAUUUUCUAUUUUAUUUUUAAGUGGUAUUGUAAUUUGGACUUUGUUAGAAUAUGCCUUACAUAGAUUUUUGUUUCAUAUUGACAAAUUUUUACCUGAUCAUCCUUAUGCACUUACAUUGCAUUUCACAAUACAUGGAAUACAUCAUUACCUACCUAUGGAUAGACUUAGGCUUGUUAUGCCGCCAGUGCUUGGAGGAUCAAUUGCAUAUCCAAUCAUAAAAUUAGAAUAUCUGUUGUUUCCUGAAAGUAUUUCAUGUGCUAUAAUUGCUGGCGAAGUUUUCGGCUAUAUUUGCUAUGAUUUGACACAUUAUCAUCUCCAUCAUGCUCAACCAUUUGGCAAACAUUUCCAAACAAUGAAGAAAUAUCAUUUAGCACAUCAUUACAAAAAUUAUGAAUCAGGUUAUGGAAUUACAAGUAAAGUAUGGGAUAUAGUGUUUGGUACAGAAUUAGGGUAA